AUGGAAGAAACUCUACUAUACACUAAUGCUCAAAUCGUCUUAGCCUGGCUACAAACUAUGCCUCAUAUUUUAAAACCCUUUGUAGCUAAUCGAGUAGUUAAAAUAAUUGAGCUUACCAAUCCUGAAAGCUGGUAUUACAUAAGCUCUAAAGAGAACUGCGCAGACGCCGCUUCCCGGGGAAUGACUCCUCAACAAUUAUCUACUUUUCCUUCUUGGAUUUAUGGACCAGAAUUCUUAUCACAACCGCCUAACAAGUGGCCCCGUCAAAGAACAUCUAUCCCUGAUAGCGAUAUUCCCGAGAAGCGCAAGGGCAAGAUUGUUCUUAAUGUGCACACCACUGAAGACGUUCUUUGUAAAUUCUCCUCACUUGUUCGACUUCAAAGAGUUUUUGCGUAUGUACGACGAUUUAUCAAUAAUGCUCGAUACCAUAAUCAACGCAAAACUGGAGCCCUUUCUUUGAAUGAACUGCGAGAAGCAUUAAUAUCCUGCGUUUUCAUCGUUCAGCGACAUUACUAUGUUGACAUCAUUGAGAAACUCAAGAAUAACAUAUCUAUACCCACAGCUUUAUCAAAAUUGUCACCAUUCUUGGAUACAGCUGGGCUCCUCAGGGUGGGCGGACGUCUACGUCAUUCUUAUCUUCCAUUUGAACAAAAACAUCCACUUCUACUUCCCAAACACUCACAUUUGUCUGCUCUUAUUUGCGAUUUCUAUCACCUGUACUCUUUACAUUCUGGGCCUUUAACCGUACAAGCUCUUAUCUCCCAAAAAUUUUGGAUAGUUUCCCUGCGUUCUUUAUUACGUCAGCGAAUACACAGAUGUUUAACUUGCCAUAGAUUCAAGGCAACUCCGGCUCAGCCUAUCAUGGCAGAUCUUCCUGCAUAUAGAACUCAACUGGUGCGAGCAUUUUUACAAGUUGGCACCGAUUUCGGCGGACCCUUUCUUGUGAAAGAAAGUAAACGCCGUAGCGCCCGAAUCUAUAAAGGGUAUUUAUGCUUAUUUGUUUGCAUGAGCACCAAAGCCACUCAUCUCGAAUUUGUCACUGAGCUUUCUACUUCUGCCUUUUUAGCUGCCUUUGAUCGAUUUGUAUCACGACGUGGCCUUCCUCAAACCAUUUAUUCCGAUUGUGGACGAAACUAUAUUGGAGCAGCAAACUAUUUAAAGGAAAUAACCAGAUUUUUACAUGAACAUAAGGAUCAAAUUUUCUCCUCCUUGUCGGCCAAACAAAUAAACUGGAAUUUCAACCCUCCCACUGCAUCCAACUUCGGCGGAAUUUGGGAGGCUGGAAUAAAAUCCGCUAAAAACCUCCUGAAGCGACUUAUCAAAGAUACAGCACAUACCUUCGAGGAAUAUACAACUUUAUUCGCUCGUAUAGAAGCCACAUUGAACAGCCGACCAUUAUGUUCAGUUUCUUUCGACCCCAUGGAAAACAUUGAUUAUUUGAGUCCUGGACAUUUCCUUAUAGGAUCACCGCUACUUUCUCCUCCCGAACCCGAUAUACCAGGAAACAUAACUUUUAAAUGCCGUUGGCAGCGCCUUCGUCAACUUUUCCAACAGUUUUGGCGUCGUUGGACGCAAGAAUACCUACAUACACAAACUCAAAGGCGCAAAUGGCACCGUAGUGCACCUAACAUUCAAGAAGGUGACGUCGUAUUCAUGUGUGGAAUCAAUACUCAUCCAUUAUCAUGGCCUAUUGGUCGUGUUGAAACAGUCCAGCCUGGACCCGACGGAGUUGUCCGGGUCGUGAGAGUUAGGACUGCUUCAGGACAAUAUAUUCGUCCCGUUAACAAACUCGUGACUUUACCCCCUCAGUAA